AGAUCCUCUAAUGCGACCAAUGACGCCGUGCCUCUGCAGCACUCCCUUCAAUUGAAGCUCAUAAAAGCCACCCACUAGGGCAGCGUUUCGGUGCACGGCAGAGGCUUCGUAGUAUUUAUGUUGAGGGCCAUAUGUGGAGCAAGCCCAUGGUCCACACGCCUGAGGCUCAGCAUGGCAUCGCGGGUUCCCUACCUGUCAACGGAUUUCGGUGCCUCGGUCUAAAAGAAGAGGGAAGGUGCGAUGCAACUAAACCAUUGUAUAUGGCCGUCUGCGAUAGCACCCGGAACUGUCGCACCUUCGAUCCCGAAAGAAUGAUACCACUGCGAAGUGUGGCCCCAAGAAGCGAGGGUGGCUAUCGAUCCGUAUAGAACCUGCCGGGUACGUUGAAAGGACUUCAGCUUCACGGUGGGUGCCAUAGGAAAACUACCAUGUCGAGUGUACCGGGACACUGCAAACCUUUUCAAGGCCUUCUCCAUAGUUCGUGGAUCCAGUGCUUGGAUCAGUGCUUUCUCAGGUCGCCCAGACACCACGAGGCAACCGGAAGAAACGACGAGCACCAAUC